AUGUCCUGGGCACUGAAAAAGAUCUUUGGUUGUAUGUCUUUGGUGGAGAGUAUAGGUGGAUGGGAUGAUGUUCAGAAAAAUGGCAUGUUCUCUAUUAACCUAGUGAAUAAGAAGCUUUGUGGAGUGCAUUCUAAGGUUCCCUGGAGGAGGGUGGUUUGUAAUAACUCUGCUACACCUAAGAGCUUAUUUAUCCUUUGGCUGGUGAUUUGGAAAAGGGUUCCUACUCUUAACAGGUUGAUCAAAUGGAACAUUGUUACUUCUGAUAACUGUUUACUCUGCAGCUCCAGUUCUGAAUCAGUUGAGCACUUAUUUUUUGAGUGUGGUUUCACCUUUCAGAUAUGGCAGAAAGUGCUAAAUAUUCUUCAGUUUACUAGAUCUCCUACUGGUUUUCAAGCUGAGCUGGAUUGGAUUGUUAAAUGUAGCAAAAAGAAUGGUGGAAGACAUAAGCUAUUGGUGAUGUUCUUUGCUGAAACUAUGUACUCAAUUUGGCUCAAUAGAAAUGAUAAACUAUGUAAUCAGCAUCGUAAAACCCUUAUUGAAUUGUUUGGAGACAUUCAGCUUAAAGUAGCUGGCUAG